AUGGGUGCCUUGAGAGCACAUAAACUCAUUCACAGCGGGGUUCGUCCUCACAAAUGUGAAAUAUGCGAUAAGACAUUCACGCAAAUGGCUGCCUUGAUAGCACAUAAACUCACUCACAGUGGGGCUCGUCCUCACAAAUGUGAAUUAUGCGAUAAGACAUUCAGAACAAUGUUUGCCUUGAGAUCACAUAAACUUAUUCACAGUGGGGCUCGUCCUCACAAAUGUGAAAUAUGCUAUAUGACAUUCACACAAAUGAGUAGCUUGAGUGCACAUAAACUCAUUCACACUGGGGAACGACCUCACAAAUGUGAAACAUGCAAUAAGACAUUUGCUCAAGUGAGUACUUUGAAUAGACAUGUGCUUAUUCACACUGGAGAACGGCCUCACAAAUGUGAAAUAUGCGAUAAGACAUUCACACAAGCAAGUAGCUUGAGAACUCAUAUGCCCGUUCACAGUGGGGUACGGCCCCAUAAGUGUACAGUAUGUGAUAAAACAUUUGCACGGACCAAGCAUCCUCAAAAAGCACAUCGUUACACACAACAAAAAAGUAAUUAUAAAUAUAAAGUAUGCAAUAAGGGAUUUUGCCAAAUGGCUGCGCAAUGA